AGCUGCAGGUAAACUAAAGAGCACUCAGUGAGGGCGCCACCGGCUCGCAUGUUGUUUGGGAGGGAGCUCACCACAAAUUACCGGAACUUUUUUUUUUUUUCUCGUGUCGAUUUAUGAAUUUUAAUGUCUAUCUGUAAAGUGUAGCUCGUUUUGCGAUGAGGGAACGCGUGACUUCGGCUUUGUUUUUUGUUUUUUUUUGCUUUUUAUCUUGAUUUUGAUUAGUGUGACAGCAAUGCUGGACGGUGCUGCGUUCAUGGCCUUCCUGAUCCUGCUGGAUUUCGCAAGGUCAGCCGAGCCCCCUGUGCCUCCGCCCACAGACGUGACGGUAUCGUGCCACAAUACCACGGGCUCCGCGCACUGGCGCUAUGACGAGGACGUCGAGGUCCGGUUCCUGGUCUACGUGGGCAGCUCGGGCUCCCUCCGCCUGCAGGAUGUGACGUCGCGGCGCAGCUACCACAACCUGAGCGCUUUGGCGUGGGACUCGCUGGAGAGCGUCAUGGACGUGCACGAGGUCAAGGUGGCCGCCGAGGCGCCCGACGGACGUGUUUCCGACAACGUCUCCGUCAGCUUUACGUACAACAUCAUCAAGAUGGCCGACGUCAUGUGCAAGUUGGACUUUCCUCCAGCAGACAUGACUGCGAACGGGGAGCACGCCACGAUCCGUUUCCGCAAUCCGCUGCGCUACUACCCGGAGCUGCGCCACGCCACCUGCUGGGACACCGUCUCUGUGGAUGUUAGCGCUGUGUCUGAUGCCGGAGUCGACCGGUAUUCCUGCCCCCCGGAGAAUAUUCAUUGCAAUAUGGAAGUGUCGUUCCCGGCCGGCUCCGUCGAGUGCGUCACGCUGACGGGAAGCGUGAGCGACUUGGUGGGACGCACCGUCGCCUUCGGGACAUCGCCGCGCAUCUGCGCGCAAACGUCGCCCGUAACCGACCUGGCGCUGGGCCUCCUGCUGGGCGUCACGUUCGUCUUUCUCGUUUCUGUGGCCGUCGCCAUCUGGAAGGUGAUGGCCUGGUGCGCGAAGGCCACCAAGGAACAUCUCCCCAAGUGUCUCGUUCCAAAGACCGACUUCGCCGCACGCUCGCGUCUUCUCCCGAACGCCGACUCCGCCGCACUCUCGGCCACCGUCGAGACGGACAACGGCAGCUGCGCGGUGGCUGUGGUCGCCGUCCGGGACACGCAAAGCGUCCCGCCCAUCUCCCAGAGAGACAGUGACUCUUCGUGCGUUUCCACAGAGAUGGAAAGCCUUCCCGUCUCUGAAGAAGAGCGAGAGGAAGGACAGGAAGAGGAAGAGGAAGAUGAGGACUUUGUGUCCAAUUAUGACUGUCAUCAUGUGAACUUUUCAGUGGAUCUGGGUGGCGGCGAAAAUGCUUGUGGUUACACAGCAAGGUAACCCAAAAAAAAAAAAAAAAAACAUUUAUGAAAUAGCCACAUUUAAAUUUUAAAGUUGACACGUGGGCCGGCACGUUCAUAAAGUAAAAAAAAAAAAGUGGAUGCAAAAAAUGGUUUUCAGUGGGACCAUGUCUUACAAGUGUUUUGAGGAUUCCAGGCCACCUCGUGGACAUUUUUUUAAAAUUAUUUUUCAAUUUCUUAGGGGAGGGGCACUUCAGGAAAAAAUGUUAAAUUGCAGACCAAACUGGGAACCACGGCGGAUCAGCUGCCAAACAGUCGGCCUCACAGUUCUGAGGAUCUGGAUUCGAUCACGGCCCGGCCUGUGUGGGUUUUCUCCGGGCAUUCUGGUUUCCUCCCACAUUCCAUAAACAUGCAACAUUAAUUCAGCUAUCCCCGUGACCCUCGUGAGGAUAAGCGGCAGAGAAAAUGCAUGGAUUGAUGGCUUUCAUCUCUUAAUCCAAAGCUUCUUAAUUUUUUUUCGUUUACAUCCCUCCCUGGAAGCAUUUGUACCUCUGCACCCUCCACAACUGUACCUCUAUAUAAAAUAUUGAUCAUGUAAAAUAAUUUUUUUAGACUGUAUUACAAUAGAUCAAUUUAAUUGUUGGAAAAAAAAAAUGAAUGAAAACAAUUUAGGGGAGGAAAUGGCUAAAUAAAUCCAGGCCAAUCCUGUCUAAAUAUGUUCUGUCAUUUUAUGUAGACGAUAAAGCACUGGUGUCAAACUCAAGGCCAGGGGCCCAUGACAUGAUUUUACGUGGCCCACAAAGCCAAAUCAUGUCAACUUCCAUGAUUCUUGGGAAAAUUUCAAUUUUACACAUCAUAAAUGAUAACGUUUAGAUAUCUAUAAGCAUAUUUGUGUUACCAAACAUGAACAAUAUCUGAAAAACCCAAUCACCCUUGACUUCGGUUUCCAAAAACUAGUUCAUAAAUUUCGUGUGUGAAUAUGAUGCGGCAUUUAAAGAUUUUUAUGGUUUCACAGUCAUAAGGGCCCUCUGAGGCGAAAAAAGGCCCGCAACAAAAUUGAGUUUGACACCCCUGCUAUAAAGCAACGUCAGAAUAAUCUGUAACCUACCAAAAUGU